CCCAAAACGCGUGGGUUUUUGGUUUGUUUUGGGUUUGUUUGGUUGUUUGUUUUUUUUCAAUGGCCACUUCUUCACAAAUCUCUGGCUGCCUUCCUCCCAGCGCAGGCCUGAGCGUCAACUCCGGUCUCGUUCCGCAAACCAGAAACCGGGGGGAAGAAGAAGGGAAAAAAAAAAAAAAAAAAAAAAAAAAAAAGGAAAGAGAAACUGAGAAACUGCGGCGGCUGCCGAAGGGGUGGGGAAGGGGAGAGCCGGCCAGGCAGCGGAGCUGAGCUGUGCCCGCCGGCAGGCGAGGCCAGGCCAGGCGAGGCGAGGCGGAGGGAGCCGCUCCAGCUGCGGCGGCGCAGGGCGGGGAGCGGCGCAGUGGCGGCGGCGGCGGAAGCGGCGCUGGUUGAGCGAGGGAGCGAGCGGGCGAGGAGGAGGCAGCGGCAGAGGGAAGGGGGAGGCUGUUGGUGUUUGGCGCCGGUGGAGGGAGUCAUUCCUGCAGCUGCACUUCCGGUCGGCAUUUUGUUCUGAGAGGGAGCGAGAGAGACACACACAGGAUCCUUCCCCCUCCUCCUCUUCCCCUUACCCCCCCGCUCGGUACCGACUCACCGUGCCCAGGCUGCCCCCCUCCCCCGCCCUCCUGCACUCGCACACACCGAGGCAGCGGCGGCGGCCCCUUGGCAGCGCUGACCCCCCCGCUUCCCCCCGGCCACCCCCCUGCUCCCCCGCGGCUCGGAGUGUGCCUCGGAACCGGUUCGGCGCGGCCCGGCCCGGCCCGGGCCGUGUUGAUGUUGUGAAGCAGGCUCAGGGGGAAGGGAUUUGUCUCGGCCGCUCACCCCCCGGCUCUACAUGUUCGCUGCACUGAGGAGGAGACGGAAGAGGAGCCAGCCCCCCUCCCGGCCCGGAUUAUUGUUGUUAUAUUAUCUCCCCUCCUCCUCCUCCUCCUGCUCCGCGGCGGCGGCGGCGGCCCAGCGGCGGCGGCGGCGGCUCCUCUGAGGAGGGAGGGGGGCGGAUUUCUCUCCCCCUCGCUCGGAUUCUCGUUGGAUUCAGACGCCGAUUUGCUCAGUGCUUGGGAGAUGGGAAGUAAUGAUAGCUGGCACCUGAACUAAAAUAUCUGUGUAGGCACUACUAUCCCAGAACUUCAGGAUGAAUGGGGAUAUGCCUCAUGUUCCCAUCACUACUCUUGCAGGGAUUGCUAGUCUUACAGACCUUUUGAACCAGCUGCCUCUUCCAUCACCUUUACCUGCUACAACAACAAAAAGCUUGCUUUUCAAUGGACGGAUAGCUGAAGAGGUGAACUGCCUUCUGGCUUGCAGGGAUGAAAAUCUGGUUUCACAGCUCGUCCACAGUCUCAAUCAGGUGUCAACAGAUCACAUAGAGUUGAAAGAUAACCUUGGCAGUGAUGAUCCAGAGGGAGAUAUACCAGUCUUGCUGCAGGCUAUCCUGGCAAGGAAUCCUAAUGUUUUCAGGGAGAAAAGCAUGCAAAACAGAUACGGGGUACAAAGCGGGAUGAUGAUGCCGCAGUUUAAUAUUUCUCAGAAUUCCAUGCGUGGUAGUCCUGCAUCUUCCAAUUAUCAACAAACCACUAUCUCACAUAGCCCUUCCAGCCGGUUUGUGCCACCACAGACAAGCUCUGGUAACAGAUUUUUGGCACAACAGAACAGUCCAGUGCCUAGUCCAUAUGCUCCUCAAAGCCCUGCAGGAUACAUGCCAUAUUCACAUCCUCCAAGUUAUACACCACAUCCUCAGAUGCAGCAAGCUUCAGUAUCCAGUCCCAUUGUCACAGCUGGUAUGAGGAAUCUCCAUGAAAGUAAAGUUUCAAGUCAGUUGUCUGGAAAUUCAGCUAAUCAUCAUGGUGAUAAUUCUAGACAUGGCUCAAAUGAAGACUACCUACAGAUGGUGCACAGACUAAGUAGUGAUGAUGGUGAUCCUUCAAUAAGGAAUGCUGCAUCUUUUUCCUUGAGGUCACCACAGUCAGUCUGCUCUCCGGCUGGAAGUGAUGGAACCCUUAAAGGAUCAAGACAACCUUUAAUCCAACAAUCUCAGCCUCCACCUUAUUCAUCACCUAGAGAUGUUCCCCCAGACAUAUUGUUAGAUUCUCCAGAAAGAAAGCAAAAGAAACAAAAGAAAAUGAAGUUAGGCAAGGAUGAAAAAGACCAGACUGAAAAAGCUGCAAUGUAUGAUAUCAUUAGUUCUCCUUCCAAGGACUCCACUAAGCUUACAUUAAGACUCUCUCGUGUAAGAUCUUCGGAUAUGGACCAGCAGGAUGAUAUGCUUUCUGGUUUGGAAAACAGCAGUGUGUCAGAGGGUGAUAUUCCUUUUAAUGUGCAGUACCCAGGACAGACUUCUAAAACACCCGUUACUCCACAGGAUGUUAACCGCCCACUAAACGCUGCUCAGUGUUUGCCGCAGCACGAACAGACAGCUUUCCUUCAGGCACAACAAGUGCCUGUUUUACAACAGAACACUUCAGUUGCUGCAAAACAACCUCAAACUCCUGUGGUACAGACACAGCAACAGGUUUCGCAACAAGGAACUAUAACGUCAUAUGAUGAAGUAGAAUUGGAUGCAUUGGCUGAAAUUGAGCGGAUAGAACGUGAAUCAGCUAUUGAAAGGGAGCGAUUUUCAAAAGAAGUGCAAGAUAAAGAUAAGCCUCUGAAGAAGCGAAAACAAGAAAACAAACCACAGGAGGCUGGAGGUGCUACUGGAGGAAAUAGAGCAGCUUCUCAGGAGACAGGUUCUGCAGGAAAUGGGGCAAGGCCAGCGUUGAUGGUUAGUAUUGAUCUGCAGCAAGCAGGAAGAGCGGACUCUCAGGCUACAGUAACUCAGGAUUUGGACACUAUCAAAAAACCUGAAGAAAUUAAGCAGUAUAACGACGGGUUUGUGUGUGUUCCCCAAGAAGAUGCAGUUGGAGUUCUUAAAUUUAAACCUGAAAACCAUCCUGAGAUUUUUAGGAAAAAGUCAGACUUCGAGGGUCAAAAGACGGAUAGCCAACAAAAUGAAAACAGACAAAUGGAAUUUCAGCAAAAUGAGAGCAGACGGUUGGAAAGUAAACACAUCGAGAACAAACAGUUAGAAGCUAAACAUGAAAGCAAGCAUGAAAGCAGGCAAAUGGAAGUGAAACAAAAUGAGAACAGACAGACAGAAUCAAAACAAAACGAGAGCAGGCAAAUGGAGAUGAAACAAAAUGAGGGGAAACAAAAUAAUGGCAAACAGGAAAUAAGGCAGAGGCCUGAAACACCAAAACAGAAGAGUGAAGGCAGGCCCGAAACACCAAAACAGAAGAGUGAAGGCAGGCCCGAAACACCAAAAUAUAGACAUGAUAAUAGGAGGGACUCCAGUAAACCGUUGUCAGAUAAGAGAAUUGAAAUAUCUAGGCAUAAACUAGAUGUGAAAUCUGAUCCUUCAAGGAUAAAACCUGAAAGUAGAUCUGAUCCAACAAAACAAAGGCCUGAUGGGCGUUCAGUUUCUGAUACACUGAGGCGUGACCAUGAUAGCCUUAAACAAAGAUCUGAGGACAGGGGGGAGCCAGAGAGAUACAGAGGAGAUCCAUCCAAGAUUAGAAGGCCUGAAUAUUUGAGAUCCUCAAACAAAAAUGAACAUGAUUCUAAGCAUGGUAUUAAAUCUGAAGGUUCAAAACCUGAGAAAUUUGACAGGAAAUACAGGCAUGAGUCUGGUGAAUCAAGGGAAAGGUUUUCUUCCGGGGAUCAGAAAUCAAGACCUGACAGCCCUCGUAUUAAACAGGAAGGUAAAGGAGAUUCUAGUAAAUCAAGACCUGAUAAACCUGCUUUUAAAUCACCCAACAGCAAGGAUGAACGAAGGACAGAUGGUAAUAAGAGUAAAGUAGAUAGUAAUAAAACACAUGGUGACAAUAAAGCAGAGUUUCCCAGUUAUUUGUUGGGGGCAAGAUCUGGCGCAUUGAAACAUUUUGUCAUUCCAAAAAUCAAGCGUGAUAAAGAUGGCAGUGUUACUCAGGAGCCACGGAAAACUGAAUUUAGAGGUGAACAGAAGGACAAAGUAGAGAAGAUUGGGCUAGUUGAAGAUCUAAAUAAAGGAGCUAAGCCUGUAGUUGUCCUUCAAAAGCUUUCUUUGGAUGAUGUGCAGAAAUUUAUUAAGGAUAGAGAAGAUAAAUCAAGGGGCUCUUGUUUUAAACCUAACAAGAACAAGUCAUCCAAAUCUAAUAAAGGUAGCAUAGAUCAGUCAGUGUUAAAGGAGUUGCCUCCUGAGCUCCUGGCAGAAAUUGAAUCCACCAUGCCACUUUGUGAACGUGUGAAAAUGAACAAGCGCAAACGUAGCACAGUUAAUGAGAAACCAAAAUACGCUGAAAUCAGUUCUGAUGAAGACAAUGACAGUGAAGAAGCUUUUGAAUCUUCUCGUAAAAGACAUAAAAAGGAGAGAGAUGAAGCUUGGGAGUAUGAAGAACAUGACAGAAGAAGUGCUGGUGACCACAGGAGAAGCGGUCAUUAUCAUGAAGGAAGGAGGACUUCUGGUAGUGGCCGUUACCGUAAUCGCAGUCCUGAUGACUCUGAUAUGGAUGAUUAUUCUCCUCCCCCUAGCCUCAGUGAAGUGGCUAGAAAAAUGAAGAAAAAAGAAAAACAAAAGAAGAGGAAAGCUUAUGAACCUAAACUAACACCUGAAGAAAUGAUGGAUUCUUCAACGUUCAAAAGGUUUACUGCUUCCAUAGAGAAUAUUUUGGAAAAUUUGGAAGACAUGGAUUUUACAGCUUUUGGCGAUGAUGAUGAAAUUCCACAGGAAUUGCUACUGGGAAAACAUCAGCUUAGUGAGUUGGGUAGCGAAUCUGCAAAAAUCAAGGCAAUGGGCAUUAUGGACAAGCUCUCAACAGAUAAAACAGUAAAAGUCCUGAAUAUUUUGGAGAAGAAUAUUCAAGAUGGAUCAAAGCUUUCUACAUUACUUAACCAUAACAAUGACACUGAAGAUGAGGAGAGGUUAUGGAGAGAUCUUAUUAUGGAAAGAGUGACAAAAUCUGCUGAUGCUUGUCUUACCGCUAUCAAUAUUAUGACAUCACCAAAUAUGCCUAAAGCUGUAUAUAUUGAGGACGUAAUAGAAAGAGUUAUUCAAUACACAAAAUUUCAUUUGCAAAACACUCUCUAUCCUCAGUAUGAUCCUGUGUAUAGAGUGGAUCCUCAUGGUGGUGGUGUUUUAAGUUCAAAAGCAAAACGUGCCAAGUGUUCCACCCACAAGCAAAGAGUUAUAGUAAUGUUGUAUAACAAAGUUUGUGACAUAGUCAGCAGCUUGUCUGAGUUGCUAGAGAUACAGCUUCUUACUGAUACAACUAUUCUUCAGGUAUCAUCUAUGGGAAUAACACCUUUCUUUGUAGAAAAUGUCAGUGAACUACAGUUAUGUGCCAUCAAAUUAGUGACUGCAGUGUUCUCCAGGUACGAAAAACACAGACAGUUAAUACUAGAAGAAAUUUUCACUUCCCUUGCGAGACUACCCACUAGCAAGAGGAGUUUGAGAAACUUCAGGUUAAACAGCAGUGACACUGAUGGGGAGCCUAUGUAUAUUCAGAUGGUAACGGCACUAGUUCUGCAGCUUAUUCAGUGUGUGGUGCACUUGCCAUCAGCAGAAAAAGAUUCUAAUGCAGAGGAGGAAUCAAACAAGAAAGUGGAUCAAGAUGUGCUUAUUACUAACUCAUAUGAAACAGCCAUGAGAACAGCACAAAACUUCCUUUCUAUUUUCCUUAAGAAGUGUGGCAGUAAACAAGGGGAAGAAGAUUACAGGCCACUGUUUGAGAACUUCAUUCAAGAUCUUCUUUCCACAGUCAAUAAACCAGAGUGGCCAGCUGCAGAGUUGCUACUUAGCUUAUUAGGAAGGCUGUUGGUUCACCAGUUCAGUAACAAAUCUACAGAAAUGGCAUUAAGAGUUGCAUCACUUGACUAUCUUGGAACUGUAGCUGCAAGACUGAGGAAAGAUGCAGUCACUAGCAAAAUGGAUCAAGGAUCUAUAGCCAGGAUUGUCAAACAGGCUUCAGGAGGAGAAGAUGAAAUUCAACAGCUGCAGAAGGCUUUGCUAGAUUAUCUGGAUGAGAACACAGAAACUGAUGCAUCAUUAGUGUUUUCUCGGAAGUUUUAUAUAGCUCAGUGGUUCCGUGAUACAACUAUGGAGACAGAGAAAGCAAUUAAAUCUCAGAAGGAUGAGGAUUCAUCUGAAGGAGCUCAUCAUGCUAAAGAUGUUGAGACCACAGGACAAAUCAUGCAUAGAGCAGAAAGUCGCAAAAAGUUUCUUCGCAGCAUCAUUAAAACUGCUCCAUCUCAGUUCAGUACAUUAAAGAUGAAUUCUGAUACUGUGGACUAUGAAGAUGCAUGUUUGAUUGUUCGCUACUUGGCCUCUAUGAGGCCGUUUGCCCAGAGCUUCGAUAUUUAUUUGACACAGAUUCUGCGUGUACUUGGUGAAAAUGCAAUUGCUGUUCGAACAAAAGCCAUGAAGUGUUUGUCUGAGGUGGUUGCUGUAGACCCCAGUAUUCUAGCCAGGCUGGAUAUGCAACGAGGUGUUCAUGGGCGUUUAAUGGAUAACUCCACUAGUGUACGAGAAGCAGCUGUGGAGCUGCUUGGCCGAUUUGUCCUCUGUCGUCCUCAGCUUGCUGAGCAGUAUUAUGACAUGCUGAUCGAAAGAAUAUUGGAUACUGGUAUCAGUGUCAGAAAAAGAGUCAUAAAGAUACUUAGGGAUAUCUGCAUUGAACAACCAACAUUUCCCAAAAUAACAGAGAUGUGUGUGAAAAUGAUUCGGAGAGUCAAUGACGAAGAAGGCAUUAAGAAAUUAGUAAAUGAGACAUUCCAGAAGCUCUGGUUUACUCCAACUCCACACCAUGACAAAGAAGCAAUGACAAGGAAAAUAUUAAACAUCACUGAUGUGGUUGCAGCUUGUAGAGAUACAGGGUACGAUUGGUUUGAACAGCUUCUUCAAAAUCUGUUGAAGUCAGAAGAGGAUGCCUCAUAUAAACCUGUGAAGAAAGCCUGUACUCAACUUGUUGACAAUCUGGUUGAGCACAUUCUUAAAUAUGAGGAAUCUUUAUCAGAUUCUGACAAUAAAGGUGUGAAUUCUGGUCGCUUGGUUGCUUGCAUAACCACUUUGUUCUUAUUCAGCAAAAUCAGGCCCCAGCUAAUGGUCAAACAUGCCAUGACCAUGCAGCCAUACCUGACCACUAAAUGUAGUACUCAGAAUGAUUUCAUGGUGAUCUGCAACGUUGCAAAAAUCUUAGAGCUUGUAGUGCCGCUAAUGGAACAUCCAAGUGAGACCUUUCUUGCCACUAUUGAGGAAGACCUUAUGAAACUUAUCAUCAAAUAUGGCAUGACGGUUGUUCAGCAUUGUGUGAGCUGUCUUGGGGCUGUUGUGAACAAGGUCACCCAGAACUACAAAUUUGUGUGGGCCUGUUUUAAUAGAUACUAUGGUGCACUUUCAAAAUUAAAAAGUCAACACCAAGAAGACCCCAACAGUACAAUACUUACUGCCAAUAAACCAGCACUCCUUAGAUCACUUUUCACUGUUGGAGCACUGUGUCGGCAUUUUGAUUUUGAUCAGGAAGAUUUUAAGGGGAACAGUAAGGUUAACAUUAAGGAUAAAGUACUUGAACUGCUGAUGUAUUUUACAAAGCAUUCAGAUGAAGAAGUACAGACAAAAGCCAUUAUUGGCCUUGGAUUUGCAUUUAUACAACACCCAAGUUUAAUGUUCGAACAGGAAGUGAAGACUCUGUACAACAGCAUUCUAUCAGAUAAGAACUGUUCAGUGAACUUAAAAAUACAGGUGUUAAAAAACCUCCAGACCUACUUGCAGGAGGAGGAUACACGUAUGCAGCAGGCAGACAGAGACUGGAAAAAAGUAGCAAAACAGGAAGACCUGAAAGAAAUGGGUGAUAUUUCCUCAGGGAUGAGCAGUUCCAUCAUGCAGCUAUAUCUCAAACAGGUCCUUGAGGCUUUCUUUCAUACCCAGUCCAGCGUACGCCACUUUGCUCUAAAUGUCAUUGCACUGACAUUAAACCAGGGUCUCAUCCAUCCUGUUCAGUGUGUGCCGUACUUAAUUGCUAUGGGCACAGAUCCAGAGCCCUCUAUGCGAAAUAAAGCUGACCAGCAGUUGGUGGAAAUAGACAAAAAAUAUGCUGGGUUCAUUCAUAUGAAAGCGGUGGCUGGUAUGAAGAUGUCUUACCAGGUGCAACAGGCAAUUAAUACCUGCCCAAAAGAUCCUGUAAGAGGGUUUAGACACGAUGAAUCAUCCAGUGCAUUGUGUUCACACCUAUACUCCAUGAUCCGAGGGAACCGUCAACACAGACGAGCAUUUCUAAUUUCUUUACUCAACCUUUUUGAUGAUACUGCAAAAACAGAGGUGAAUAUGCUUUUGUACAUAGCGGACAAUCUAGCCUGUUUUCCUUAUCAAACACAGGAGGAGCCACUGUUUAUAAUGCAUCAUAUAGACAUCACACUAUCAGUUUCUGGUAGCAACCUACUACAGUCAUUUAAAGAGUCUAUGGUGAAAGACAAAAAAAAGGAAAGAAAACCUUCAUCAGACGAGGAGACUGAGAGUGAGAGUAACAGUGGUAGUGAGAGUGAAAGUGAGGAGGAAGCUUCUAAGCCUCGGAGAUUACGGAAACGAGUAGACUCUGAUUCAGAUUCUGAUGAAGAAAAUGAUAUAAAUGCUGUGAUGAAAUGUUUACCCGAAAAUUCAGCUCCUUUAAUUGAAUUUGCAAAUGUCUCCCAAGGCAUAUUAUUACUUUUGAUGCUAAAACAGCAUUUAAAGAACCUGUGUGGAUUCUCUGAUAGUAAAAUUCAGAAAUAUUCUCCAUCUGAAUCUGCAAAAGUUUAUGAUAAAGCGAUAAACAGGAAGACAGGAGUGCAUUUCCAUCCAAAACAGACUCUGGAUUUUCUAAGGAGUGAUAUGGCUAAUUCCAAGAUCACUGAAGAAGUGAAGAGGAGUAUAGUAAAACAGUACCUAGAUUUCAAGCUCCUUAUGGAACAUUUGGAUCCUGAUGAAGAGGAAGAAGAUGGAGAGGUGUCAGCUAGCACAAAUGCUCGGAACAAAGCAAUUACCUCGCUGCUUGGAGGAGGCAGCCCUAAAAACAAUGCAGCUGAGACAGAGGACGAUGAAAGUGAUGGGGAGGAUAGAGGAGGAGGCACUUCAGGGUCAUUGAGAAGGUCAAAACGAAAUUCAGACUCUACGGAGUUGGCAGCACAGAUGAAUGAAAGUGUUGAUGUCAUGGAUGUCAUCGCUAUUUGCUGUCCAAAGUACAAAGACCGACCACAAAUUGCAAGAGUAGUACAGAAAACCAGCAAUGGCUUCAGUGUUCAGUGGAUGGCAGGCUCCUACAGUGGCUCCUGGACUGAGGCUAAGCGCCGUGAUGGCCGCAAACUGGUGCCUUGGGUAGACACUAUUAAAGAGUCAGACAUUAUUUACAAAAAAAUUGCUCUAACGAGUGCUAAUAAGCUGACUAAUAAAGUUGUGCAGACUUUACGAUCGCUGUAUGCCGCCAAGGAUGGAACUUCCAGCUAAUGAAUUUGUACAUGCAGCCAAAUUUACAGGAAUUGAAAUAACAGAAAAAACUUGAAAUACCAACUUUCUGGCAAAAAAAAAUCAGUUAAAUGAAGAGUAAGAAUGGAACCUGGGACGCGGGAAAAAAGAAGGAAAUGUUUGGUAAACAUUUUUGUGGGAGCUUCCUUCGCUGUUGUGCAGCAGAAACUUCUCAGUUCAUUUUUACUCCCACUGUAUUAUAGUUUAACAAAAAAAUUGUUUAUAUCUUGAAAAAAAACCUUUCUGUUUAAAAAAAAUAAACAAGUGAAUGUUGGAAAUUAGUCUGUUAAUGUUCUUAAUAAAGUGUUCUUGGAGUUUAACCUAGCAGCGGAUGGCUUUCUUUAGCUUAGCCCAGUUUCCAGGGAAGCAUUGUUUUUCCAGGCUGUAAAAUGGCAGAAUCUCCUGGAUAUAUAAUUUAUUCUGUUGAAGAAAAAAGAAAAAAAAAAAAAAAAAAAAAGAAAAAAAAAGCAUGCAGUAUCUAUGACCUAUCUGCAGGAGGAGUUUUUGUAAAUGUAGAUUUUGAUGUAUUAGGUCACCCUGAAAUAAUACAAGAAAAGGGAUCCCCAGCAAAUCUGGUGGAACAAAUACUGCAAUAAAUUUUUUUACUUCUCUUUGUUA